AUGUCUUCAUCAGUGCAAUUCUUCAGGGAUCAGAAGUACCAUGAACUGAAAGGGCAGUGUAUCCAGCAGAGACAGCUCUUCAAAGAUCCUGAGUUUCCAGCCUCAGAUGAGUCCCUUUUCUAUCAGUCGGCACCACCAAGGAAAGUUGAAUGGAAGCGCCCAAAGGACCUCUGUGAAGACCCACAUCUGUUUGUGAAUGGAAUCAGUUCCCAUGACUUACACCAAGGCACCCUGGGGAACUGCUGGUUUGUGGCUGCAUGCUCCUGCUUGGCUUUGAGGAAGACCCUCUGGCAGCAGGUGAUUCCAGACUUCAAUGAACAAGAAUGGGACCCUAAAAACCCAGAGAAAUAUGCUGGGAUUUUCCGUUUCCGUUUCUGGUGCUUUGGAGAAUGGACAGAAGUGGUGGUUGAUGAUCUGCUGCCAACGAUGGAUGGGAGGUUGAUCUACUGCCAUUCCAAUGUGAAGAAUGAAUUCUGGAGCGCAUUACUGGAGAAAGCUUAUGCAAAGCUGGCUGGAUCUUACGAAGCCCUAGAUGGGGGCAGUGCUGCAGAUGCAAUUGUGGAUUUCACUGGAGCAGUGGCAGAAUCUAUUGAUUUGGUACAUGGCAAAUAUGGUGAGAUUAUUUCUGAGCAGAUGAAGCUGUUUGAAGACUUGCUGAAAGUGCAUAAAAGAGGCGGACUGAUCAGCUGUUACAUCGCGGCUUCCUCUGGCAGUACCUAUGAAGGGGAGACACAGAUGGGUCUUGUCAUUGGUCAUGCCUACUCAGUGACUGCAAUUCGGAAGCUGCGCCUUGGAGAAAGGCUCACCUUCUCUUUUAAGGCAGAAAAACUGUUUAUGAUCAGGCUGAGGAAUCCUUGGGGAAAAAGAGAGUGGAAUGGUGCCUGGAGCGACAAUUCUGAGGAGUGGAACAAAGUCAGCAAUUCAGAACGUAAGAGCUUGGGACUCACUCUUGAGAAUGAUGGAGAGUUCUGGAUGACGUUUGAGGACUGGUGUAAGAAUUUCACUGAUGUGGACAUCUGCCGGAUUGUGAAUACUUCCUACUUCAGCAUCCACAAGACCUGGGAGAAGAAAAUGAUGCAUGGGGCUUGGGCAAAGAAUUCAGAGCCCCUGCUAAAUCGCUGUGGUGGGUGCUUUGAUAACAAAGAGACCUUUCUUCAGAAUCCCCAGUACAUCUUUGAUGUGAAGAAGACAGAGGACAAAGUGUUGGUCUCGUUACAACAGGAGGAUCGCCGCAAAUACAAGAAGGAAGGGAAAGGAGACAGCAUCCCAAUAGGCUUUGAAAUAUUGAAGGUGGAGGAUAACAGAGGCUAUCGACUACACAAGCUCACUGUGCAGGAGAGAGUGGCCACGUCUCCCUACAUCAACACACGCACUGUCUUCUUGAAGAGGAUCCUUAAGCAAGGCCGCUAUGUCCUUAUCCCAACUACGUAUCGUCCUGGUGUCACUACAAAGUUCAUCCUGAGACUCUUCACAGAUGUGCCAUCAAAACUCAGGGAGCUGAAGGCAGAUAAGCCCAAAUUGACAUGUUGGAGUCUUCUUUGUGGCUAUCCACGCAGAGUCACCCAAAUCAAAAUUCAUUCUGCAGUGGGCUUACAGAAGCAAGACAGAUCAGGUGGAGCAGAUCCCUUUGUGCUUAUCAAGUGUGAGAACCAGAAGGUGCGUUCCUCUGUGCAACAUGAUACGACCAGUGCCAUCUUCAACACCCAAGUGAUUUUCUACAGGAAGAACAUCAACAGUCCUAUCAUUAUCCAGGUCUGGAACAGCAACAUCCUGUGUGACCAGUUCCUCGGACAGGCAGUGCUGGCAGCUUCCCCCAGUGACCCCAGAGAACAGCAGACUCUGCAGCUCCGAGGGAGAGGCAGCCGAGAAGCAGCCGAGGUGCCAGGUCGCAUCACUGUCAAGGUUUUUUCCAGCGAUGACCUCGUGGAGCUAUGAAUACCAAAGCCCUGCAGAGCCAGACAGAGCUGUCACCUCACAGCAGGGGGCUUUGUCUGUGCUUUUGUGUGAAUGACUCGGGAGCAAAGGUUGCACGUAAUCAUAAUCGCUUUAAAAAGAAAAAGCUCUCUAA